CCUCCCUCCGCUCCCCUCCCGGCACUCACGCUUUCCAACCUCCACUCAGCUUCUCUCGCUCUUGUCGGACUGCAGUAUCGAGUGGCGAGCAUCUCAUUUGGAACGAGCGUGGAGCGCACCACGUACCCACGCGUUGGCUGGCAUGCAAUCUCAACGAUGGCUGAUGGCCUCGUCUGCUGAGCUCUUCCAGAACUGAGGAGUUUUCCAAUUUCAACGGCCACCUUUCCAGCUCCAUGGGGUUUGACCUCAGCCCUUAAUUAUUUCCCGGCUGUUGCUCGCUUCACUUUAUAAGCUACCCAGAGUGCAUCGCGCGCAGCUAUAUCCACUGGAGCUGCUGAAAUAGGCUACUUACAAACAUUUAGUCUCUGUCUGCGUCAAGAUGAACAAAACGCACAACAGCAGGACUUCCCUGGUCAAAGGCGCCAAGGACAUUGCCAUGGAAGCCAAGAGGCAGGCCGGCAAGAACCUCAGCAAGGCGGUGGACCGCGCCUCGGAUGAAUACUCAGCGCAGCGCAGCUACAAUCUAUUCCAUAACGAUGGCAAGGAGGAGAACGACUCCAAUUCGUAUGGACAAGUGGACAGGCACUACGACGACAACGCUGCCGACGACGAAGACGUGGCAUCCAGCGACGCCACGGAGGGCCACGACGAUGAAGAUGAGAUCUACGAGGGCGAAUACCAAGGCGUGCCAGCGUACCAGGAUGAAAAACUGCAGGCUGGACAGAUGGCUCUGGGCCAAUUUGCGGGCGAAGAACCGAAGAGCCGCAAGGAGUUGGAGAACGAGCAACAAGCCGACGAGGAAGAGCUGGCGCAGCAGUACGAGCUCAUCAUGCAAGAGUGCGGUCACGGGAGGUUCCAGUGGCAGCUCUUUUUCGUGCUGGGCCUGGCGCUCAUGUCAGACGGUGUGGAGGUGUUCGUUGUGGGAUUCGUCCUACCCAGCGCUGAGACGGACAUGUGCGUGCCCAACUCCAGCGCUGGAUGGCUCGGCAGCAUUGUGUACCUGGGGAUGAUGUUCGGAGCCUUCUUUUGGGGCGGGCUUUCGGACAAGCUGGGCCGCAAACAGUGCCUGCUAAUAUCCUUGUCCACCAAUGGCUUCUUCGCCUUCCUCUCCUCCUUCGUGCAGGGCUACAGCACCUUCCUAUUUUGCCGCAUGCUGUCGGGAUUUGGGAUUGGCGGUGCUGUGCCCAUUGUAUUUUCGUACUUUGCCGAGGUGUUGGCCCGGGAAAAGCGCGGUGAGCAUCUGAGCUGGCUCUGCAUGUUCUGGAUGAUCGGCGGCAUCUACGCUUCGGCCAUGGCGUGGGCCAUCAUACCGCACUAUGGUUGGAGUUUUAGCAUGGGCUCUGCCUACCAGUUCCACAGCUGGCGAGUAUUUGUGGUGGUGUGUGCACUGCCUUGCGUCUCAGCUGUGGUGGCACUCACCUUCAUGCCUGAGAGCCCCCGCUUCUUCUUACAGAUGGGCAAGCACGACGAGGCCUGGAUGGUCCUCAAGCGCAUCCAUGAUACGAACAUGCGAGCCCGCGGAGAACCGGAGAGAGUCUUUACGGUCAAUCGGAUAAAGAUCCCCAAACUGCUGGACGAGCUGGUUGAGCUGAAGAGCGAGUCGGGCAACCCGGUUCUCAAGGUUCUCUCCAAAGUUAAGGCCGAGCUCCAAGGGAUCUGGUCCACUUUCAUGAGAUGCUUUGACUACCCGAUAAAAGACAACACCGUGAAACUGGCAGCGGUUUGGUUUACGCUCUCCUUUGGGUACUACGGGUUAUCUGUGUGGUUCCCCGACGUGAUCAAGCACCUGCAAGCCGAUGAGUACGCCUCCCGGGUGAAGAUCCACACCAGCGAACGCAUCGAAGAUUUCACCUUUAACUUCACGCUGGAGAACCAGAUACACAGAAAUGGCGUUUUCCUCAACGACAGGUUUAUCAGCAUGAAGUUCAAGGCAGUGUCCUUCAUCAACUCCUCGUUCCUCAACUGCUAUUUUGAGGAUGUCUCCUCAGUGGGCUCCUCCUUCAAAAACUGCACCUUUGUCGAUUCCUUCUUUUACAACACGGAUAUCGAUGACUCCAAGCUGACAAACUCGAGGGUGGUCAACAGCUCCUUCCACCACAACAAGACGGGCUGUCAGAUGACAUUUGAUGACGACUACAGCGCGUACUGGGUCUACUUUGUCAACUUCCUGGGAACGUUGGCCGUGCUGCCUGGCAACAUUGUCUCAGCUCUCCUCAUGGACAAAAUAGGCCGCCUCAGCAUGUUGGGGGGUUCCAUGGUACUGUCGGGAAUCAGCUGCUUCUUCCUGUGGUUCGGCACCAGCGAGUCCAUGAUGAUCUUCAUGUUGUGCCUCUACAACGGCCUCAGCAUCUCCGCUUGGAACUCCCUGGAUGUGGUCACGACCGAGCUCUAUCCCACCGACAGGAGAGGUACCGGCUUUGGCUUCUGCAAUGCCUUGUGCAAGCUGGCCGCCGUGCUGGGAAACCUGAUCUUUGGCUCUCUGGUGGGCAUCACCAAGGCCAUCCCCAUCCUUCUGGCAUCGUGCGUGCUGGUUUCCGGCGGGCUGGUGGGCCUGCGGUUGCCCGACACGCGCGUCAAUGUCCUCAUGUAAACCUUUUGGUCGUUUGCUUACCUGGACCCGACACACACACACAUUUUUGACCCUGGCAGGCAGCCAUAGUUUUACAUUGACGGGAGCCAUUUUACUCCGGUAGGCCACAAAUACAGUGGCAAGCCCACAACAGCACUUUUAUGUUCUUAUUUAUUUGUCCAAUGAAAAGCAAGUACCUCCACAUUUAUGUUGUCCCCCCCUCCACCUCCCCCCAAAAUAUUGAAAAUUCUUUUCUUUUUCUUUUUUCUGCUACAAGGAAAACUAAACACAAAAUUUGGAGAGAUAUUCGCACCAGUCAAUAGUGACAAUGAGUUUAUUCCUUAACUUAUUAGUUUUUAGUUGUUAAUUUUCCCUUUAAUGUGAACAAAAAAGAAAUACAUUUAUGUAGAUUUGUUUUUCAAAAGGAAGGACAAAUAAAAAUUGGAGAUUCAUGCUUUUCAGUGAACAUUGACAAAUUAUUUAUUUGGUGUAAAAUAUUUUUUAUUAAUCAAUUAAAUUGUAUUCAAUGAUUAAAUUUUGUUCAUUGAAUUCAAUUUUUUUUCAAUGCAUUUCAAUGACUGUCAACUGCACGCAGAUUUUCACUCUUUGUGGACCAGCCCAGUCUCCAUCUCAUGCAAAUCGCGGGCAUCCACUGUAUUUUAAUUGCAAAAUUAUGCAUGUCGUUUAAAAAAUGACCACUUUUAUUGCGAAAUCCGCCGUUUUAAUAGCAAAAUGUAGCAUUUUCAUCGCAAGAUUUUAGCUUUUCAUUGCAUAAUCAACCCUUUGCUGCCAAGUUACAGAGCCUCUGGUACUGCUGCGGUUGUCGUAAACGCUGCAACUAACACUUCAUUUUCUGUGGGAUUUCCUCCUUAAAUUGCUUUCCUCAUUCACAUGCCGUCACCAUUCCGGCAUGACCUGUGAAGCUUUGUUGCAAAAAUAACCUUAAGGCCCGACAGCAUUCAAAGCAGCGCCAUUUCGACAGUGACACAGAAACAAGUUUACAUUUUCUGCUUAUUACACGCCGUGUGCGCCUCCCCCGUGUGUGCCGUGUUCAAAGGCCGCUCGCUCUUCUUGUCGCUGCCCCGAUUGUGACUUGCACCCCCCCCCGCCCCAAAAAAACCCCCCUCAAAGAUCUCCAUUGUGGUGCCUCUCUUUCUCGCUUCUCAAACGUGGCUGGAAGCUUUUGCUGCUUUGUUGUGUCUUCCGUGGGGAACACUUUUAAAGGGAAGUGUGACUUCAAUAUCAGCUGACUGCGUGUUGUGAUCUAGCUUUCGCGAGGAUAUCCAUCCCAUCACCUCCAUACAUUUCCCCCAGACCCCCCCCCCAUUAGAAAUAAAGCAAGCGAGCAUUUUUGUGAAAGGGAUGUUAUUUUCGCCUUUCACAAUCUUCUCUCACUUCUCAAACUCCUCACAGUCAAAAUCCCACUUGACCAUAAGGAACCCCGUUUUCUCGACUCGCUACACAGUCCCGUUUCCAAAUCCUGCAUGUGUGUUGCAGAAUGUCCUACUUUCUUGUUGCCUGUCAUCAUUUCUUCCUUGUCUUUUUGUCAUACGGUCACCGGUUGUGACGUGAUGCUGUGCCAUUGCCAAAAUAUUCCCCCUGCGCGCCUGGAUGAUGUAUUUUCAUAAGAAAAAGUCUAAGUGGUGAAUGCCGUGUGUGGCGUCUACAUAAAAUAUCUCCUUUGAACUCAA